CGCGGAUCUUAGCAUCUUCUCCUUACGCAGCAAUGACAAAUGGCUUACUGGGAACUGGUGUUUUUCCCCCGAUACUGAUGAAAUCCCAGAGAUUUCGCGAGAUUUUACACUCACAUGCGGUUGCUUUUAUAAUACGUUUAUGUGACUACCAUGAACAUUAGCGACUACCUGUACAGCUGUGGUCCCAGCCAAAAGGUAAAGGAUAGAUGUUAAAAUUGUGAACGGUAGCUCCGAUAACCGCUAUUAGCCACUAACAGAAAAGCGUGUGACUGCCUAGCCUCCUCUGUAGCCUGUAGUCUGCUGCAGUGAAGAAGAGGCUCUGCUAGGUCAAAUGAGUGUUGUUGAUUACCGCCUUCACAGCAUUCACUGCCAGGUGUUGCUCUUCACUCAUUGACAGUCUUUGAAUGUCUGGAGGGAUGUCCAAGAAAAGGGGCAGAAAGCGUAGCAGUGGGGAACUGAGUGACACAAUAGAUCCUAACAGCAUUCUGGGACUACGUAUUCAACAUAACUGGCGUGAGAAAGGAAACCAAAGCAAAUGGAAGGGAACAGUACUUGAAAGACUAAGUGUAAACCCAUCUCUUUACAUGGUUAAGUAUGACGGCUUUGACUGUGUCUAUGGUAUAGAGCUGUUCAGAGAUGAACGUGUGUCCAACCUACAAGUGUUAUCUGAAAAAGUCGUAAAUAAUAAGCUCAAGAUCCCUCCUGGAGCAGAGGAGCUCGUGGGAAAGGCUGUGGAGCAUCUGUUUGAGAAGGAGGAUGGAGAGAAGAAUGAAUGGAGAGGAAUGGUCCUCUCCAGAGCUCCAGUAAUGACCCACUGGUAUUAUAUAACAUAUGAAAAGGACCCAGUCCUUUAUAUGUACCAGCUGUGGGAUGACUAUGCUGACGGAGACCUUAGGAUACUGCCUGAAGCAGAAAACAAGCACUUGUUGCCCCCAGAUAGAAAGCCAGGAGAGGAGACAGAGAGCCUGGUCGGAAAACAAGUGGAGUAUGUCACCGAUAAGGGCUUGAAAAGAACUGGUCUGGUAAUCUACCAGGUCCCAGCCAAACCCUCUGUGUACUACAUAAAAUAUGAUGAUGACUUUCAUAUUCACGUUUAUGACUUAGUUAAAACCACUUAGAAACAAAAUUCUCAUUGUCAUUUUGAAAGCCAUUUCAGGUUUAAAGGUUAACCAUUGCCGUUCGGAGGAAAGUGCAAUAUUAUUUUUUAAUAUAGUAGUAUUGUUGAACUACUUUAAGCUUUGAGAAAGUGACUUUCUUUUGCCAUUGCUGCUUUAGUUUUAGAUUUAUACUUUAUAUUUGGGCAGUUUGUGGUAACACCUCCAAAGAGCUAUAUAAUGCUUUAUAUUAUCCAUAAUACCCCAAAAAACGAUGGUAUAACAGGAUAGCUACAGUUUACUACAGUUUAAUUGAUGGAAUGCCCUCAUUCAAAAAAAUUCUUUAUGGUGAAAUCGGUGUGUAUAUUUGUUGUAUGACCAAAACAAGGCACUUUCUGGGAAUUAUGGAAGCACACACAAUAGCAUGCUGCCUCUGGUCUCAAACAGGCCAGAGGGUUGUAAGGAUUAAGAUUUGUUUUCUGCAUUUUACUAUGAGCCAAAACAUAUUUCUUCUUUUUUAUUUCUUUAAGGAUUCCUGCAAGCACUGCAUUUUAUCAUAUUCUGCACACUCAUGCCAUAAAUCCCAUAGGUGAGGCCUCAUGAAACUUCAUGAAUAUUUUGGGGCGUUUCAUUCAAAUAAUACUGGGUUUUAUCCGCCACAUUUAUCACCAGCUACUCAUGCAUACCACAGGAUCAGAAAGUUAAUAAACAUUAAAAACACGCCCCCUGCGCUGUACACACAGAUAUACACCAAAAUAUACACCCACUUCACUGCAAUCUUAGUAAAUGAGGGCCACUGUACUUUGGCAAGGAAACAUUUAUUCUAAUGAAUUAAGUGCCUUGAAGCUUGUAGUUUUGCACCCAAGUAUUUUUUUGUCUAUGUUGCUACCUGUUCUUUGUUUAGCACAACUUUACAUCAAAACUGGAGGUUCUUAAACAAUAGGCCCAUGUGUUUGUGUGCUAAACAAUAUGACCUGAAAUGGUUAUUUGCUACUUGAAUGAUUAAUCAGCUUGAAUGCACAACAAAUACGUGUAGCAGUCUACUCUAAAGUUGUAGUAAUUUGUAUGAUAGGCAGUACUAUUUUUGCUGUGUUGAAAAUGUUCAUUUAUAAUGUCAUAACAGCAAUAGCUUUUUGAAAGUGAGGCUGUAUUUAUCUGAAUACAUGACAUGUAUUAUAACUGGUGAAAUGGUGAAAAUAUUGCAAUUACUCCAAGACAUAGACUAAAUAGCUUAUUUAUUAAUGACAGUAAUCUUUGUGUUCCACUUUUUGGCUUUGCUUCUAUUUAGUUGUAACCCUCACGCUGCAAAUUUAUUUUCUCGCCUGGCGAGAAAAUGCAUUUUUGGGUCUGACUGACCCACCCCAAGAGAGCAGGAAGGAACAAAAAGUUUUCUUUGGGUCUAUGUGACCCCCAGGAGAACGCGAGGGUUACAAAUAAGCCUGCAUGCACCAUCUUAUAUGACAAACUUGUUAGUUCAUGGUGUAUGGUGGGCUCAGAGUACUCAGUCACACUUAUGUAAAUUCACAUUAAUGUUCAAUACAUUAUUACAGCUAUAGUGCCGCAAUGUCAAGGACUAGUUUUGACUUUGUGAGGUACACUUAUCACUCAUGUUGCAUCAUCAAUCAGCGUGGGUUUGUGUUAUUAAAAUAAAAAUGAAAAAUUGUGUUUUCCAUAUUUUGAUGAAACACCCC